CACUGCGCAUUAGCAGUCGCCAUCUUUGGUCGAAAUUCAGAAGUUGUUCCAGCUGCUGCUCCUGUGUCAUACGGGUGUUUUAGGCCCGAGGAUUAAGUGUGUGUUUUUCCUGGCUCGGCAGCAGUCGGUGCUCCCGCGAGCCAACGCCCGAGGAUUAAUGUCUUCCUAGCGUCGGUACACGAAAGGAAAGAGCGGCACCAUGACCAUUCUGCCCACCAAAAAGUCGUCGCAAUCGAAAAGCGAGGGCGACGGCUCCGACCCGAGCUCGUUUCAUGGCGACCGCCAUGGUCACUCGGGCCACUCGGCCGAGCAGUACAACUUCGCGAAUCGCAACUCGCCGCCGCGUUGGGCAGCGCCCAACGCCAGCUCGCGCGACGAAAAGCGGCCCGCUCACGCGACCGCCAGCGGCUUCGACGAGUUCGACGCCGUCGACGGUGGCCCGAGCCACUCCAAGCGCAGGCAUAGGGCAUCGCCGCACCGGAGUCUUCGCAAGGCCCACCACCGCUCGGCUGGCAUAGUCGUCAAGCCGAGCACGUCGCAGGGAGCCAACAGCCCCGCGGUCGAAGACUCGGCUUCGGGGCGCGAAGACGCUGACCCCAGCGGAUACAACUCUGGCGACGAGUACGACAAGCCGCCCGAGCUCUGGACCAAUGAGGAGUACAAGGAGAGGGAGUACCACUUUGAGAAGAAGCUUCGCAAGAAGGGACUGCUGAUCAAGAACAUGGGCGAAGAUGGUGCCUGCCUCUUCAGGGCAGUGGCGGACCAGGUGUACGGGGACCAGGAAAUGCACAAAGCAGUGCGCAAGCUUUGCAUGGACUACAUGGCCAAGAAUUCGGACUACUACUCCCAGUACGUGACUGAGGACUUUGACAAGUACCUGGAGCGCAAGCGGUGCGACCACAUUCAUGGCAACCACAUUGAGAUGCAGGCCAUGUCCGAGAUGUUCAACCGGCCGAUUGAGGUGUACCACUACAGCUCUGAGCCAAUCAACAUCUUCCACGGGGGCCAGCAGUCUGACAACGAGCCAAUCCGGCUGAGCUACCACCGCAACGUGCACUACAACUCCAUUGUGGACCCAUACAAGGCGACGGUGGGGGUGGGACUGGGCCUGCCCUCGUUCAAGCCGGGACUGGCCGACAAGACGCUGGUGAAGGAGGCCCUGCGUGCCUCGGAGGAGCUCCAGCUGGAGCAGGCCAUGCUGGAGGACAAGCUGCGGGCCACCGACUGGGAGGCCACCAGCGAGGCCCUCGAGGAGCAGGUGGCUCGCGAGUCCUACCUGCACUGGCUGCGCGAGAACGAGAUGCGGGCCCGCAAGAAGACCCGGUCAGCCACGGCCACAUCGAGCUCAAGCCUCUCCCCCCUGGUGGACGUUGGGGGCAACACCGCUGCAUCUGGAGCAUCAUCCUCUCCACGGGGAGGUAGGGCCUCCCCACGGUCCCGAGCCAGUCCCCGCACACCUCCACUCGGAGGAGCUCAAGCGCUGUCGGACCAGUCGGACAGUGGGACCCAUGCUGGGGACGGCAAAGAUCUGAGCCCCAAGGCAGGCAGCUCGGGCCUCUCUAAGGCUCAGGACAACUUGCAGCAGCCGUCCUCGGUGAGCUCGCCACACUUGCAGCUGCAGGAGGAAGGUUUCUCUCUGAUCGAGACGGCCUCCUUCCUCAACCACCUGCCACCGUCCAUGUUUGGCCUGACGGACUGGGAAGACACGGACAUCAUAGCCAGGGUGCUGGCCCAGUCGCAGCAGGAAUACCUGGACUCCCUGAAGCGAGCGUCGGCCACAAAUGCGCCUGCACCUGGCUCUCCUGCCAGGGACAACUCGGACUGUGCCGCCGCAGCUGCUUCCAGCUCCUCCAACGCGGCUUCCGUGUCAAGCUAACGGAGCAGCCAGGCCAACACGAGGCCAGGCACUGUGAGCGCUCCGCCGAGACAGUUGUGCAUCACGGUGUUGUGGUCUGUGGAAAGGAACGGUUGCGCUGCUGCCGUCUGGUCAACAGCAGACGACGCACCGUCGUCUGCCUCUCACAUUCAUCACCCUCUGCCUUCGGCCGCAGCAGCAUGUGCUUAACGAGCCUGUGUCUUGUGCUUUGGUUGCAUUCAGUGUCGUUGUGGCCUGCACCUUGCCUUUGUGGCCGUGGACAAACUCGCCGUGAACGAAGGAAGGACAAUCCUGUGGCUCAGCAAGACGGGAACAGGCGGCAGUUCUCUUUCCAGGAACAUUUUUUUCUUCUGUCUCUCUCUCUCCUAAUUUUAAUUUUUCGUCGAAGCAUAUUGCGAGUGUGUGCUUGCGUCUCAGCGUCUUGUUUGCCAAGUGCACUGGAGCUAUCGUGCUGGUACCUCACGCAACUUUGCUUCAUGUUCUGGUGACACUGUACUGAGAAUUAGAUCGCAAAAUUGGCCACUUGACAAAUAAGUUUUAAUUUUUUUUUCCUUUUUGCCCUGGAACUGUUGGUGCUAAUGUAAAUUGCUUGGUCAUGCCUCAGUACGAGAGUAGAGGAUUGUACAGGGUUGCUAGUGUUGGCAAGAGUAAGUGUAUGAAAGGGUUUAAGAGUCUGUGUUUAUGUUAAAAAGUAGUCAGGCUUCAGAGGGUUAACUUGAUUUCAGUGGAAGGACCUCUGGAGUUUGAUUCAUGCUUGAGUUGCAUGCUGCAAAUGGCUUGUAAUUAGCUGUGAGUGCUUCUUGCUGUGCCCGAGUGCUGAAGCUAAGAGCUGUCGGACCAGCAAGCUUUAAUGGAUUGCAUUAGCACAGGCGACAGCAACCUGCAGUGUUUAUUUGACCGGCAAUAUGGACAGCUGGAAGCUUUGGCCCCAAUUUGACAGGUGUUUCAAAUUGACUUGACUUCAUCAUUUUUUUUGUAGAGAGGAAUGCAACAUUGGUUUCUAGCAGCAUAGUCCCUGUAGGUUUGCUUUUGCCUAACACAGUCAUGUAAACCAUCUGUGGCAGGCUGAAUCAUUGCUUCUCAAUAAACCUGGCAGUUUAUUGGGUGAAACUAGGCUUGGCUUGGCUUCCUCUAUGGCUUGGCAGAGUUAGCUUUUGGUGUGAGCAGCACCCUCAUUUGUUCAAUUUUGUUUUAUGCAGCCAUUUAUUGCUUCACAUCCAUUUGUAUCAUAUUGUGUCCAUAAAAAGGCUGCUCUUGAAAGUCACAUGACAGUUCUUGGUCAGUUUGCAAUGUUUUCUUCAGACGUGAACUGGUAACUGGAAGCAUGCAAAAGCUGCGUUCCCGACGCCAUGAGAAAGGCUGAAAUUUUUUUCAUAACUACAUAAAUUACAAAACCUUGGAACGGUGGGUCACAUGACUGCAUCCAUAUUACUAGUCCAUGCACCAUACGAGACUAAAACAAAUCCAAUAUCGCUGUCACACAGGAAUAUUCAGUCGUGCUUGAGUCAAACUUAACCGAAUUUAGAUUUAGCAUUGCAACGUGCUUACUUUCAAGCAAUGUUUGACUUGGAUUGUUCUUGAUGCAAUCACACAUGGUCAAUUGUAAUUGAACUUUUCAGGCGUGAUUGAAGGCUGCCAUCAGCGCUUCUGGAUAGUGAGUUGAGAGACCAAAAAAAGCAAGAACAAUAAAUUCAUCAAUAAGGAUCAAAUGUGAAGUAAUAUUUAAAACUAUGGUUCUUUAUUAAUGUAGCACAUAAAUUUCUUGCUGUCGCUGCAACAGAUCAAAUUUAUCAGGCCUAGCCUGCCCUUUGCGUACAAGCAAGUACCAUAUCUUUCCUUGAUAUAAAGCUCUUGCUGUAUCAGAGGCACAUUUGUCAACAGCAGCCUUGUCUUUUAAAUGCCUAUCAUGUCUGGUACACGGCAAAUUAAUUGGCAUCAACUGUGUUGAAUAUCUGAGGACUCUGCAGGGGGGGGGGGGGGGGGAAGCUGUCUUAUUCCUAGUGGGCUUGAAACUUUCGAUGCAGGAUGAUUUUAACGAAAAUCAGAACUACCCGUGCGGCAUCGGUGUUAUCUAUUCGAACUACCUUUGGCUGCAUUUUUCACUGGAUUCAAGGCUCAAAUGAUGACACUGUCAGUUAUUAAUGGCGCACCGGCCCACUAGACAAUGACCUCUUCCCUUCCAAAAAUGUACUGGCAGCCUCUCACACUUCACAUUUGCACAUCUGGCCUUUCUACCUUCAAGACAGCAUUUAUCUUGAAAAGAAAAAAUGCCAUUAGCAAUUGCUCUUUAACCGGUCAUGUGCAUUUACCCAACUUGUGGUCGCUUCCAGUCACGAGCCAUUUUGCGCAUUUAGAUGCCUCGCAGAAAAAGCGCUCUUAUAAACAAACGCAUGUUAAGUGAUUUAUUUCAGAAAAUUUAUGUAUUCCUGAGACUUGUAACGGUACUUGAGCACUGUGUGACAGCGCUCGAUAUACGCUGCUAGGUGGAGGCCAGGAUUUGUACAGAAUGCCUACAGGGCACUCGCUGACACUUUCCUAUAAAGUGCUCUCAUCCUAGGACGUUUGCCGACCAUCUGAUGGCAAAAUAUAUUCCUCCACAACACUUACUUUCCAAUUCACUGAACUGAAUUUUGUCCACAAAACGUACGUGCUCAACACCUUGCCAUCCUGUCGACCAUUUCAUUCCACAAAUCUCUUGAAAAUUUCUUCACGCACAGCGGAAGGAAAAGUUCUGCCCUUGCCUGGAGACAUUGCAAAAUUCACUUAUUAGUUGAAAAAGUUUCCAAAAGUUGGUGUUACCAAGCCAAAUACAGUCGAACCUGGAUAUAUCGAAUCUCAAGGGGAUCACAAAAAAGUUCGAUAUAUAGGUAAUUCGAUGUAUAAAACUUUUAUACAAAUAUUUUCGAGGGGAUUUUACCGCUGUUCAUUAUAUACAAUAAUUUGUUAUAUCUGGGUUCGACUGUAACUGGCCAACGCGAGCAUGUCAGCAUGUUGGGUGCUUCCGAUAUCUGACUGGAACGGAUUUUUCGCAUGUUGGGAGGUGCCCGACACAUGACUGCGAAGAGUUAAGCCAAGCUCAUUCAGAAAAAUAAAGACUGCAAAGUGCUGAAAUGACUUCGUGCAGGAUGACCUGAUUUUACAUAUGGAACAGUGCAAUCUCUAUUGUACUCACGUGGAGGGCUUUCUCGCUUGGUGAAACAGUUGUACAGCUUGCUUUACUAAGUCAUGACGAGAUCGAACAUAGAAGUUCAUGAACUUAAUGUGUCUGUAAACUCACGGCAGUGCAUAGACCUAACUCCCACUAGGUUGCGCGUAUAGGUAGUGCAAAGGCAACACCACAUUCAGUAUUGCGUUUUGUUAACUGCUUACAUCGGCUGGCGUAGCUCUCCUUCUGCCUGCCAUGUAGUAUCGCAGUAAGACACGAACACGGGAUCUCAGCGUACGAGUUAAGUUUGACCGCAGCCUGGCCUUCGUUAUCUUCUUGUUUUGUCUGAAAAUGAGAUCACAGCACACCACAAAAUUUUACCUGUUCCAGUUCUGGACGUUUGCUGACCUGCAUGAAUUUGGCCUCUGCGAGAAGAUUCGUAGUCAUGCCGAUUGUCUGGUGAUCAGAGAGCAAAAAAAAAAAAAAAAAAUUAACUAGGCUGUAAUGCCAUGAAAGAGGCUUAACAGAGCUGGAUAUACGCUUUUUGAAACGACCCACUACUGUCAUUCAUCUACUGCCUCGAGUUUCCAGGAAAAAUAAAACAGGUUUAAAGGAUUUGCAUCAACAGCAGUUUGCAUUAUUACAUUGUAGAUCUACACGGGAGGCCAUGAUGUUGGGUGAUAUGUUACGAUGCAGGGGUAUUCUGAUGCACUUUUAUUCUAAACUAAAUCUUUUUUGCAUUUACCAACGUUUCUUUGCUCAAAAUUUGCAGCAAGAUUGCAUCAUUGUCUAGUUUGUCCAAUCAAUGAGCAAUGAUAGUCUUUAUAGCAGCUUGGCUUCUCCAGUGGGGAGGUAUGUGUGUGUCGAUGGUUUUUCAUUUCUAUUUUAUUUGUUCAUAAUAAAAAGACAGUAUACCAGUAAACUUUGGCCACUAGCCAAAGCUAGCGGAGGCCCAUGAUGGAACACAAUUGGCCACACAGUGUAUGCAAUAUAAGUAUCACAGUGAAGAUGUAACUCAUUCAAGUACUGAUUGAAGUAACCACAUCAUACUGAAGCAAGCAGUCAAAUAAGUGCACAGAAAUAAUCGAGCUAGAAAUUCUAGAAGUGCAUAUACAAAAGGAAAAAAAAAAAAAAAGUUGCAAGCACAACAGUAUUUUUGCCACAGCCAAACUAUAUGGACGCAAUUAAAGGACAGUUGAAGCAAAAGUGACCAUUUAUGAAUUCACAUUGGUGGUGCGAAAACGAACUAGGCAAGCAAGAGAGCCAAAUGCUUUCUCCAAUGAUGCAGAUCAAGAAAUGUGAUCCUAUUACAAAAUAUUAGCAUAAAUGAAGUGUUGAUGAGUGCACUCUUUGGCCCCUUCCAAGCCAUACUGUUAUCACGCCAAAGACGCCCAAAUUAUUUUUAAAGACUAGUUACCAACAUGCUUUACUUCCUCAGAAAGAAUUUCACUUGUUCCUGUGCUGUCCCAUGGAUUGUGUCCCAAAAGAACAGCUAACCACCGAGACAAAACUAGGCUCGUCGAUGGCAUAGUUAGAAAAUGCUAAGUAAUCGUUGGUGAGUCGAGUUUGACCUUGGCCAUUUUUACCAGAAACACGUGGAUGAACCCAGCUCGUCCCAAGGCACGGAAGGGGUUAAAGGUUGCUGGAAUAAAAACGCGGGUCGCUGUACAAGUGAUGUCCUCAGUAAGGUACCUUUUGUGGUUGCAAGCUGUUACUCGGCAUAUAAAUUUUGUACACUACAGGCGUUUUUAAAGAAUACUUUCGGGUGUUUUAUCAGUCAUUUAUUUGUUCCCUAAAAAUCUGGCUCUCACAAUAGUGGGAGGAACAGGCUUUUUUUUUU